UAUUUUAAGCAUGCCUGGUGAAAAAUGUAGCUAUCACUUUCUAGUCACAAAUAUACAUUUCCAUGAUCUUUCUUUAUCAUUUUACCUGCAAAUGACAUUUCAUUCAUAUGAAUCUCUAGAUAAAACUGAAUCCAAACAACGGGAUGUUGUUUUUUUACUGGAUGGCUCUGAUGAAACUCUAAAUGGAUUUGAGGCUAUGCGUGACUUUGUGCAAAGACUAGUGGAGAAACUCACUGUGGAGGAGAACAAAGAUCGAGUCUCUGUUGUCCAGUACAGCAGAGAACCAGAGGCCCAAUUCUAUCUGAAUACUUACACAACAAAGGAAGAUGUUGUUGACACUGUAAGAGGCCUGAGGCACAAAGGAGGGAGACCCCUCAACACUGGGGCCGCUCUCCAGUAUGUCAGGGACAAUGUCUUUAUUGCCUCCUCCGGAAGCAGACGCCAAGAGGGCAUCCCUCAAAUUCUGGUUCUAUUGAGUGGGGGAAGGUCCAAUGAUGAUGUUAGAAAUGCAGUUACAAACUUGAAAGAAAUUGGUGUCAUGGCAAUAGUGGUUGGAAUGAGGAAUGCCGAUAUACUUGAGCUUCAAACAAUUUCAUAUGAACCUAGCUAUGCUUUCUCUGCUACACAUUACAACGAUCUCCCAAACAUUCAACAGCAAGUAGUAUCUGCUGUUGAGAGAGUUGAAAUGACCGCUACUAACUUGCCAACAACAUUAAUAGAUGCAUCAAAUGAUACCAGGAGGGACAUUGUAUUUUUACUUGAUGGUUCUGAUGAUUCCCGAAGAAGAUUUACAGAUAUUCAAGACUUUAUUCAGAGAGUUGUGGAAAAACUCAAUGUAGAUGGGAACAAAGAUCAUGUGUCUGUGGUUCAAUACAGUGACACAGCAGAGGUCAAUUUCAAGUUGGGUAUGCAUUCAAAAAAAGAUUCUGUUCUUGAUGCCGUAAGAGGUCUGAGGCACAAAGGAGGAAGUCCUCUAAAUACUGGAACAGCUCUCCAGUACGUGAGGGGCAAUGUCUUUACUGCCUCCAAUGGAAGUAGAAGCCUGCAAGGUGUUCCACAGAUACUGAUACUGCUGAGUGGUGGAAGAUCGAGAGAUGAUAUCAGAACCCCUGUCACAAAGCUCAAAGAAAUGGGAGUCAUUUCAAUUUGUAUUGGCACAGGAGAUGCCGACACCCUUGAACUACAAACGAUAUCUCAUGAACCUAAUUACGCCCUUUCUAUUACUGAUUUCGAAGACCUUCCCACAAUUCAGGGAGAAUUGUUGUCAUUGUUAACAGAAGCAUCCCAUCAACUAGUGCCAACUGUCCCUACCAUGCAUUUUGAAUCUGACAAAAAGGAUGUUGUAUUUCUCAUUGACGGAUCUGAUGACUCUAGAACUGGCUUUGCUGGGAUUCGCCGCUUUGCAGAGAAAGUAGUGGAGAGUCUGAAUGUGGAGGAAAAUGGCGACCGGGUGGCCCUUGUUCAGUACAGUCGGGAUGCCACACCCAAUUUCUAUCUGAAUUCAUACUCUUCUAAAAAUGAUGUGCUUAAUUCAAUAAGAUCCAUGAGGCACAAAGUUGGAAGACUCCUCAACACUGGCACAGCACUGCAGUUUGUGAGAGACACUGUCUUUACUGCUUCAGCUGGAGGCAGACGUGCAGAGGGUGUGCCUCAAUAUCUAUUUGUUUUCAGUGGUGGGAGAUCUAGUAAUGACUUAAGGGGACCUGCGCAGUCAUUGAGAGGGGAUGGAGUAAGAACAUUUAGCUUCGGAACAAGGAAUGCUGAUACAUUGGAGUUACAAAGCAUAUCUUUUACACCAGCACACUCUUUUUCUGUUGCCAAUUUUAACAAGCUUGACGGGAUACACUCUUCCGUGGCUGCUGUAAUGAGUGGUGUUAAGGAAACACCUGAAAUUUCAACUGUCAUUGGUAAGAUUAUUAAGAUACGCUACCGUUCAAGUUUGGAGUAA